UCGACUAAUUCAUUACAAACACCGUGGAUGUUUCGGCAUUCAGCUGAAACAGAGGCCAACGGUAAAAUCUGUGUGUUUUUGGGGAUUUCAAGGAAGAGAAGUGUGUGAGCGAUGAAGAGGGGGAGGUGAGGAAGAGGUAGCGAAGUGUCCAGACCUGAGAGGUUCUCUGAGUGAGAGGCAGCAGCUUACCGAAGGUUUCCUGCUCCUCAGGCGAUCACGUUACGCGUGGCUCGUCCCGAAUGAAGCUCAGGUAGAUGAGGAACGAUGGAGACGUUCUCCUGGAUUCUCCUGACUGGAAGCUUCUAUUUGCUUGUUCUCUGUCAACAUGAGACUCAGAGCAACUUCACCUUCAGCAACUCAUCAUCACCUCAACCCCACAGAGACCCAGAGGAGCAUCUCCAGAAAACCUGGGGCCUUCAGUCCAGGACUGCCGUCCAGAACUCCAAAGUCCUCAACAAUCCCUCGGUUCCUCUAUCGAAGCAGAAGCUUUGGGAAAUCCUCAAGUCCAACUCCAACCCGUCGGUAAAAAUUAAGCUCCAGCCCAUCAUGAAAGUUCAAGGACUCUCCAAACUGUCGAGGUUGUUCAGCUGGGGCGACUUUUACUCCAACAUCAAAACCGUCAAGCUGAAUUUGCUGAUAAUGGGGAAGAUUGUGGAUCACGGCAACGGCUCUCUUGGCGUCUACUUCCGUCACAACUCCACGGGUGUUGGCAACGUGUCGGUCAGCCUGGUCCCGCCCAUGAAGGAGGUGGAGUUCGACCUGGAGCGCCAAAGCGUGGUCCACCCCAAGGAGUCGAAGACGUUCAACUGCAGGGUGGACUACGAGAAAACCGAACGCAGCAAGAAGGUGAUGCUGUGCAACUACGACCCGUCGAAGACGUGCGACCAAGAGCAAACCCAGAGCCACAUCACCUGGAUGUGCUCCAAACCUUUCCAGGUCAUCUGCGUCUACAUGUCGUUCUACAGCACGGACUACCGGCUGGUCCAGAAAGUCUGUCCGGACUACAGCUCCCAGAUCCCCCCCUACCUGCCCACAGGGUAAACAUGAGGCCAGGUGACGAGGAUGAAGGGAGGAUGAAGGGAGGAUGAAGGGAGGAUGCAGUUUGAGCCAUUCAAAACUUUGUCCUAAAAUAUAUGGAAUGCUGUUUGUACCGUAUGAGUCAAAUAUUAACAGCAAUAAUUUGGAUUAUUUAGCCUGUUGUAAGCAGGAAAAAUAUGGUUCAAUUUCAUAUUCACACCAAAUUAUUCAUUCAUUAUA